AUGGCGGGUGUUGUUCCAACCGAAAUGUCCGCCAAUAGUCCAAGACGUACCGCCCAAUUUGCACGCAAUGCACAAGGUGGAGCAAAUACGGAGAUGAAGACCGGAAUCCUUCAACUUGUUUAUGCAAAUCCAUUCACCGGAAUGGAUCAUGAGGAUCCUUUCGCACAUCUCACCAAAUUUUAUGAGAUUGCGGGUUCAACGGGAGUCGAUGCGGCGAAUGAAGAAUCAUUGUUCAAGAGACUAUUUCCACACUCAUUAAUUGGGAAAGCCAAAGAAUGGCAACCUCCACCUCACAAUAAUCCGUACCAAAGAAACAACCAAGGAUUUCAACCCUCAAGAUUCAACAAUCAACACUAUCAACAUCAAAGUCCUUAUCAAAGCCCAAACCCUCAAGUCCAAGGUCAACAAUCUCAAGGUGGGAGCUCAAAAUUGGAAGACACUCUUACACAAUUCAUGCAAGCAUCCAUGGCUAACCAAAGGAGCAAUGAAGCGGCCAUAAAGAACUUAGAAACUCAAGUGGGUCAACUUGCAAAGCAAUUGUCCGAACAACAACCGGGAUCUUCUUUUCCCGCCAGCACUCAAACAAAUCCAAGGGAGCAUUGCAAAGCCAUUGUGACAAGAAGUGGUAAAGAGAUAAAUGGUGGAAUAGAUGGAGGUGUUAUAGUGGAAGAUGAUGAGGAAAUAAUAGUUGAAAACCAAAAGGGUGAGGUGGUAGUUGAAGAUGAGGGAGAAAAGAGUGAGGAGAAAGUGGAGGAAGAAUUAGUUGAAAAAGAGCGGAAAGAAAAAGAAGGAAGAGAGAAAAAUGACAAAAAAGUGAAGAGGAAUAAAAAGAGAAAUGAGAAUAAAAAGAAGUACACGGAUGAAGAGACAGUUGUGCUUGAUGCUCAUUAUAGUGCAAUUAUUCAAAAAACUCCCCCAAGAAAGGAAGCCGAUCCGGGACGAGUCAUUUUACCGAUCACCAUUGGAGGUAACUACAUUAGUAAUGGUUUGGUUGAUUUGGGGUCUAGCAUCAAUUUAAUACCUUUAUCCGUUGUCAAGAGAUUGGGGAACAUUGAGAUGAAACACACCAGGAUAACUUUGCAACUAGCCGAUAAGUCUAUCAUUUCACCAUAUGGAGUUGUACAAGACAUGCUAGUAAAGGUUGACAAAUUUUUGUUCCCGGUUGAUUUUGUGGUAGUCGACAUGGAGGAGGAUUGUGAUGUUCCAUUAAUACUUGGAAGACCAUUCAUGAAGACCACCCGAAUGAUGAUUGAUAUCGAUGAUGGGAUUAUGAAAGUAAGGGUGCAAGAUAAAGAGGUAAUUUUUACUCUUUUUGAGUCUACGAAGCCUCCUAAGGAUGAACAUGACAACUUUCGAAUCGAUGAUGAAAAAGGAGAAAUCAUUGAGGUGGCGAAUCAAUUUCACAAGGACAAGGAGAAGGCAAAUCAUGAGGGAAAGACUCAUCACAAAAACUUUGAAGUUGGACAAAUGGUGUUAGUGUGCAAUUCAAGACUCAAGGUGUUUCCUAGUAAAUUAAAGUCAAAGUGGUCGGGGCCAUUUGUUGUGAGAGAGGUGAGAAAUUAUGGAUCCAUUGUGGUGGAGGACCCUAAAACACAAGAAAGCUGGACUGUAAAUGAACAAAGAAUCAAAGGAUACCACGAUGGAUAA